AUCAGCGCCCAGCAGAACUCUGGCUUCUCCUACAUCAGGGAGAAGACUUUGUGGUGAGGUGUGGGUGGACGGGGGAGAGAUAGAAACACAGAGACCUUGCUUCCCGGUGACCAAGAGAACCCAGCAGUCCAACCUAGAUGGACGUUUGGUUUGUUUUUUAACCAGUUAUUUAUAAUCAUCACCAAUCCCCAGGAGCUCUGUGAAGAUGAAACGUGACACCUAAUUGCAACUAUAGGGGGGAAAACAAGAAGAAAAAGAAAUUGACAUUUUCCUGAAAGGCCAGACUUGCUCAAUGAACGAGCAAGUUUUCAAGAUCUCUGGUGGGGCCCUGACUUUCAGCUUCUCUUGAAUUCCUUUUGGUUGAAGAACUCUUGAAAUGUCUGUCACACACAUCAUCAUCAUCUUCCAUAGCAAUAAUUGACUCUGUCAUUGAGGAUACAGUGAAGCAGCCAGAAGGAUAAGAGGUGACAGUACUCCAGGCUGGAGACCAUGUCGGUGAAGGUGAGGUUCCUCUCCUCUGGGGAUGUCGGGACCAUGGGCAGAAGUUCCUCCUUUGCUGGGUUCAGCAGCGUGCAAAGCAGGAAGAUUUCGAAGUCUCUCCACAGAAACUCGAUGAGAUCCAAAAUGCCCAUGAAAUCCUCCAAGGUGUACGCCACAUUGCGUAAGGGGACUCCAUGCCUGGACCCCAAGCCUCAGCAAGUGAAGAGGAUAUUUGAAGCUUUGAAGAAAGGUCUUAAGGAAUAUCUCUGUGUCCAGCAGGCUGAGCUGGAUUAUUUAUCUGGCCGUCACAAAGACACAAGAAGAAACUCCAGACUGGCAUUCUACUAUGACUUAGAUAAGCAAACUCGAUCCGUGGAAAGGCACAUUCGGAAGAUGGAAUUCCACAUCAGCAAGGUCGAAGAACUCUAUGAAGGCUACUGUAUCCAGUGCCGGCUACGAGAUGGUGCCUCCAACAUGCAGCAGGCUUUUGCUCUGUCUCCCUUGACAAAGGCUUCCCGGGAGAGCCUGGUGGAGCUGUACCGAAACCUCCAGGAGUGCACUGAGGACAUGUGCUUGAUUGAAGGGGCCCUGGAAGUGCACCUGGGGGAAUUCCACGUCAAGAUGAAAGGGCUGGUGGGGUAUGCGCGUCUCUGUCCAGGAGACCAAUAUGAGGUGUUUAUCCGCCUGGGUCGUCAGAGGUGGAAACUUAAGGGCAAGAUUGAGGCUGAUGACAGCCAGACCUGGGAUGAGGAAGAGAAGGUCUUCAUCCCCACCCUCCAUGAGCGCUUUGAGAUCAAGGUCAUGGAGCUUCGGGGCCUGUCCACGCUGCUGGUUGGUACAGUGACCUGCGAACUUGAGGACUUCUUCACUACUCGGCCCCAGACCAUCGUUGUGGACAUCACAGAGCUGGGGACCAUUAAGCUACAGCUGGAAGUUACCUGGAACCCAUUCGACACAGAGAGCUUCUUCGUGUCCCCCGGAAUCGGCAGGUUUUCUGUGGGCAGCAGAAAAGGCUCCUUAUAUAACUGGACACCUCCGAAUACCCCCAGCUUCAGGGAAAAGUAUUAUCUUUCUCUUUUCCAGCAGCCGCAACAAGGGCGAGAGGGCCAGAGGAAUAGCACCCCCACUCACUCUCUGCUGAGCUACCUGUCCGACAGUGACUUGGGGAUGCAUCUUCCGGGGAAGAGUGCCGAGCAGCCCGAGAUGACCGAGGUGGAUUCUUUCAGUUCAGAUGAUCCCAGGGAGACAGAGACCGGGACCUCAGCUUCUACCUCCGAUGCAGGGUUCCCGCCCUUCGUUCCUUGUCCCGAUGUUUCCAUAGAAGAGGAGCAACAGGAACCGUCAGCUCCAUGCUCAGACGGGCUCAAGCCAGAGACCUCCCAGAGGGCUGGGCACUGGCACGUGGCGCACCCUAGCCGGCUGGACUUUGGAGCCAGUGACCCCGUGGAGCCGCUCGGCCCCAACCUACUGCGGGAGGGUGUGAUGUUUGACAGCCAUCAAAGCCUGGGGAAAGUGGGCAAGGCGAAGACCGAGCAACUGACUGAUGGCAUGAGCCAGUCUGUGGAGAAACCCCUGCAGGAGGUUUUAGAUUUACUUAAGGUGAUGAAUCCUAGGGAGACACAACUCCGGGAACUAGAGUACCACGUUCUCUGCUUCAGGGACCGAUUAAAGCCCAAGGUCGCUAACAAGGAGCACUCAUCAAUGGAGAGCUUGAUGGAGACCAUAUUGGAAAGUUUUGACUUUUUAAAUGCUGACUUCAACUCAGAUGAGCUUUCCCUAUUUGGCAGCAGCCAGGCCCACAGCAUAAAUAAUGAUGACACUUCUCAGUCUCUGAAAACAUCAACCAAAGAACUCACAGCAGGAAUUCAUGAGCUAGAUGUGCUUUUGGUGGUUCAUCUCCAUGUCUGCAAAGCUCUUUUACAGAAACUGAUGUGCCCCAAUUUGUCGAGACUGGUCCAGGAGAGCCUUCUGGAAGAAGUGGUACAGCAAAAAGAGGUUCUGGAGAAGCUCUCCAUUCUCGAUGUGGAGAAGGUCAGGAACGCUACGUCUGCUGAUGAGCUUAUCCCCCAAGUAAAGAAGAAGAAGCGGUAUCUGAAGAUGUGGAGUGAAUGCACUGAGCCAGGAGGGAUCCUAUUUUGCUCAGCGAAACAAUUCCAAAAUCAACUAAAAAAAACGUUUCUGCAUAAAAUUAAAGGGAAAUAUCCUGGACAACUUGAGAUAGUGUGUCACAGGUUGCUGGAGCAGGUGGUCAGCUGUAGCGGGCUGGUUUCCUCUGUGGGCCUCUCAGAAGAACUCCUCACUUGGUUCCAGUUUCAGAGAUACUUAGAAAAGCAGAAUGUUACCGAUUUGGAGAAACACUUUGCCCAACUCACCAAAGAAGUCACACUCCUUGAAGACCUACAGUGUGCAGGCCGGCUUAAGAAGAUAAAAAAGCUGAAGGGAAAGAAAUUGGGACAGCUCCAGCCACUGCCCCAGACCUUAAAGACGUGGGCCCUGCUGCAGCUGGAUGAGAACCACCGGGUACGCAAAGCAGCCAUUGCUCGCCUCUCUGAUGCCGCUGGAAAUAGGAGCUUUCGGGAAAAGGCACUGCUUUUCUAUACCAGUACUCUUUCAGACAGUGAUGCAAAACUUCAACAAGCAUCAUGUCUGGCUCUAAAAUAUCUCAAAGGAAUGGAGAGUAUUGAUCAGAUUGCAAGUUUGUGUCAGUCUGACUUGGAAGAUGUGAGGACAGCAGCCCGGGAGACAACACUAUCAUUUGGUGAAAAAGGACGUUUGGCUUUUGAGAAGAUGGAUAGAAUCUGUUCUGAAGUCCGAGAAACCUUAUGCCAGGAGGCAGAUAUUGAAAUUACGGUAUUUUAAAUAGCCCUAUAUAGGCUGAGCCCAGAUUCUGAAUCUGUUCUUUCACUGCCCUGUCACAUGAAGAUUGAGUAUUGGCACUGGUGGGCAGUUGGCAUCUGGCUGUUGCGGCACAAACUCAUUAGAGGAAGAGUCUGGGAAUGUACUCUCCUGCUUCUUAGAGGAAUAUGACCAGUGACAAAUAAAAACUAAAGCCCAAGAGAAAACAUUCUGUCCAGGAAUAGCAGAAAAUUAGCAGACAGAUAGGGUUCACACCCUUUGGUAAAGAUCCUCAAUGACCUUUCCCAGAAUCUCUCUUGGCUUGAGACUGCAAAGGGUGCCUCUGACCCAGCUACAGCAAAGGCCAAGCCCCAAACUCCAGGACCAGAAGGGGAAUGUGAUAAAAAGCUAAGAUGAUGGCCAGUCACUGGGUGCUGAGCUUAAAGUCUUUCAAGCCUGAUUUACAAAUGAGAGAGGAGGGUAGUCAACCUGACCAUGACAAGCAAGGGAUGGGGGAGACUGGGUGUGUCUCGGUACAACUGGUAUGGUAGAAACUGCUGUUUGGACAGAGCCAUCUGAGGCUGAGAAACAGAAAAUCAUUUCCAAAGAUGUUUGAAUGCUUUCUUUUCUGCUGAAGUACUGGAGUAGAAUCUUGACUGCAAUAGUUAUAGAGGUUGUUUAUAAAGCAUAUUUUUGCCAUAUUCAGUUCUACCAUUAGGGAUAUAAGGCUAAAAGGAGGACAAAAAAUCAUUGAGGGGAAACUCUUGAGCAUAACUUGUUUUAUGAACGUUAUGCUCAUGGGUUUCCCUCAAUGAUUUUUCAGCAGGGAUCAGCCAGGCUGUCAGCUGAAUUGGUUUGGAACCCACAAGGUUGGUUGUUUUUUUAAAGAGGUAGCAUAGGCUUCUUGAAGAAAGAUAAAGAUAGAACAUUUUUCCUACUGAAAAAAAUCUCCCCCAAACAGAUAUGAUGCCUGUGACUAAUAUGUAUUGAUAAAUGUCUCCAAGGGACAGUAGCCCUCAGAAAACUCCAUAACAGAAGCAUUAGGAAACCUCAGUUAAUCUCACUGUAUAUACUUUGUGAUUUUAUUUUCAUUGGAUAUUUA